AUGGCUAGCGGUUAUGAGGAACAAUUCACAGUCUUCUAUCCUUUCCUUCAUUACGAGACCAUGAUGAUGAUCCACAAUCGAGUCGUCUUUGCCAUGGCAGAUGAGCGUCGGACAUUUGAUGUCUUGCGCUUUGUCGUAGCUGACAAGAAAUGUUUUUCUAUCCAGUUGAACAAACAUGGAGAGUACGAAAAUCAGGUGCUAAGCCGUCACUCUGGGCGAUGCGCCAUGCAGUUGGCUUUCAUCCAAAGCUAUUAA